AUGAGUCUCGUUCACGAUCAACACUACCACCCAGAUCAAGCAUCCGAGGUAAUUGUCGCUACGGGAGAAUCAAUCCGGACGUCUCCUACAGAAAGCACACUUUCUAAAAAAUAUAACCAGUACGCCUGUAUCAGGUGUAGAAGAUUAAAGAAAAGAUGUUCCAAGGAGCUACCGGUAUGUUCAAAUUGUGAAAAGCAAUCAGAGUGCUGUGAAUACGUUGAACGCAAGAAUAAACGAAAGUCUGUUUCCACGACUCCAUCAAAUUCGAAAAUUCAGUUGAAAAAAAUCAGAGAGUCCAUAUCAGCAAAUGAUGCCAAUAAUAGUAAUGCUAUUGAAGUUGCAAUUACUAAAAAUAUGGGUGCUGUUAGCAACUCUUCAUCAUUGUCGGAUAACGAGUCUACAAAACUUAGUGCGCCUUCAUUAGUGGUACACAAUGAUCCCCUUGUACCGAACGGACAAGUUAAAUUUAAUGAUCCGUUUUGCCCAAACACCUUAAACAACAACAGUAACAUUUUGCUAUCUCCAAGUAAAAAAUCACUUUCAAUUUCCCCACCAAGUUAUACGAGAAACUCGCUGAUUCAACUUCCUCCAAUUCGAAAUCGUGCCUUAAGCACACAAUCAUUCCCUGAUACUCUACCUCCUCUAUCUACUUACUCUUUACAAAACCAAAGUCAAGGUCAACAUCAUCACACAUUGCAUAACCAAGAUACUUCUGUAAAUGACUUAAAUAUGUUCAAUCUAAACUUGAACUCCCUACCUUCAAUCCCACGUCAAUUGGUUUCAUCAUCCCGCUCUCCUAAUACCCCUCAUUCCCUAAAUUCGUUUUCACUAAAUCCUUCUACAGAACCGAAAGGUCAACAACAGAAUCAUCAUCUCCAGUCAAAAUUAACACCAAAAUUGCAACCACGCCCGCAACCCCAACCACAGCAACAACAUACUGGUUCUUUUUCUUAUACCCAAUCAACACCUCUGUUUAAUGCACUUGACAGUGAUGAUAUAGAGCUUGAGAUUUUUGAUUUAGUUUAUAGAAAAGUUGGUCACCUCGAUGAGACACUGACCUUGUCACCUUCGAACUACAAACUAACAAAUCAACUCGAGUUAUGUCUCAAAUCAAUCUUGAAAUUUACUAUCUUUUUAGAUCAGGGGAUUGUUCUAUCAAACUUGGAAAAAUUGAAAUCAGACCCUAAUCAUUACUUUAGCAAAGUUAAUGGUGACGGUUUUAAGAAUCAAGAUGACUAUUUCUCAACAAUAGAGUUUCUGCUUGUUUUAUCAGCCUCCAUACUGACUGGUAUACAAAAACCGAAUCCAACCUUUGAGCUUGAUAUGAAUUUCUUGAAAGCUACCUUCACUUUAUCCUACAAAAUAUUCUCGUUAAACAAAUUUCCAAUAACUAAUAUCCAAUUGUUAAGACUUUACACCUUGAUGCAACUGGUUAUAUUAAUCACCGAUUCAAACUCAAAUAGAGGAUUAUGCUUUUACUCAAAUUCUAUUUUAUCUAAAUAUGCAUCCAAGUUAUCGUUGAAUCGGAGUUUGAAGAAAUCAAAUAUUGAUAAUAUUUCAUUGUCUGAAAUCGAAUAUACUUACAGAUUAUUUUGGUCAAUAUUCAUUUUGGAUUCAAUGAUUUCUUCCACGACAUUCCAACAACCAACCUUUAAGUUAAAUGAUAUUGAUAUACCUUUGCCGGUUCCAAUAACGAAAGAUGAAGAGACUAGAAUUAUUAUUCAGAAUAUCGUUAUUAAUAUGACUAAAAUCCAAUCAAAGUUGAUUUCUGAUCUUUAUGUUGUUAAUCCGUUAAAUGAUAAUGAUAACUCUCAAAAAUUUGUUAUUCUAUCUUCAUUCCGUCAAGAAGCAGAUUAUUGGUAUAACGAGUGCCGGAUUUCUUUAUCCAAAUUAUCAGACAUUAAUAAUUCAGAAAACUCAAAUUCUUUAUCUUACACUAAACACUUACAGUAUUUUGCAACAUGGAUCUCACAAGAAUAUUACUAUACUUUGACUUGCUUGUUUAAAUCGUCGAAUAUGUUUCCCAAACCUGAUGAACAAAAUUUCACGGUUAUAUCAAAUGCUACAUACCAAAAUACCUUAUUAAUUAGAGAUAUCAUCAUUAACAAAAAGGUUCCAAAUUCAUUAUUAUUUUAUAGGUAUGUUAAUACAAGUGUUUUUUUAAUUGUUUCUAUUUUGAAGGGUAUGUAUUCGAUUAAUGAAACUAAGAUUUUAGUUUCAACAAUGAUAGAAAUUUGGAAUUCCAAGGAUAUGUCAUUAUCUAAAGUAUCAAUUGGCUUGGUUGAAUCAAUUUCAGAUUUGCUACAUUCGCAACUGAAAAUCGAAAACAACAAUGAAUUCUUCAAACCAAAUUUACAUAUCUUUGAAAAGGUUAAAGCCUUGUUAAUUGCUUUAACUCAGACUGUAACUAAAUAUGGAUAUUUGAAUCCUCAGGACAUCGAAUAUCUACACUCACUAGAGUUUUAG